AUGUCCGAAAAUGAUUGCACUCAGCUUGGUAAAUCGCCAAUAGAUUUGUUAGAAGCCUGUUGCGCUGCAAUAAAAGAUGAAGGAAAAUCCAGUCUUGUUGCUGCUGGAUCGAAACGUAAGCGGUCAGACUCGUCUGACGAGGCCAGUCCUGUCGAGAUUGUUGACGUCGUUCUUCCCACAUCGAGAUCUCCUCCAAACUCUAGUUAUUACCAGCCUCCACCUCUGAAAAAAACAUCAACUCAAACGAACUCCCCUCAGAGGAAAGAAAUCUCCUCCAGUGGCAGUAGAGGAAGGCCGUACUUUCGCUCUCCCGUGUCAAGUUUUUCUAAAUUGUCGGCUCUGAGACAUCCUCUUAGCAGUUUUAUUUCUCAGCGUCCACCAGAGAUUGAACGAAUUCUCAGAUCGUGGCAGUAUCAAAACUCUCAAUACUCUUUGAUCAAUGGAUUAACUAACUGGACAUUAUAUCAGCAGCAACUGCAGCUGUCACUUGCCGCUACACAGCACUAUCUUCCAAAUCAGAUGCCCUCUCUGAACGCGGUCCCGUUGCUGCGUAACUUCUCCCCUGCACUCAAACAAGAAACACCGCGACUUGCUCAAAAUUUCUCCUCGCAUCCGGAAGAACGCGCAAUAAAUGAGUGUCGCUGGGCCAACUGUUCAGAGAGUUUCAAGACGGCGGAUGCGUUAUCAGAACACGUAUUUGAACACGUGACGGCCACAUCGAAAUCACCUCAUUCUCUGUCGAGCAGAUCCAAACUCGCUUCACCUCCAAACAGUGCAGUGAGUGUCAUCGGAAAAAUGGGAAAACUCGUUUGA